AGAGAAGAAAAAACUUAUUCCAUAAAUAACCUUCCUCCAGAUAGACCAGGAAGUCUGCUCUCUGUAUGGUCUCUAAUUAAGCAGGCAACCAGAAUUCUUCAACAUUGUGCCAAGGUGAGGCUUUCUCUAAGCCAUAACUAUCGUGUGUGCUGCUGGAAAAUGGUACCUGAGAUAAAUACUCGCAAUAUACUGCCUGUGCUUUUGGAAGAUUCACUUAUACCCAGUGUGGGAAGAUUUCUUGCCUACUCUGAUGACAAAGUCCAUGCUGUCUUCUUAGAUGGCGUUACUUUAACCUUAAAUUGGAAUCUUAGCUCUUCUAUUGAAAAAAGACAGGUAAAUCAAGGUCUCAACUUAGGUUGGUGUAGGUUAACUUUUCCUGAUGGACAAGAUCAGUUAAUUCAAAUUGAGCAUCCUGGAGCAUAUGAAAGAUAUGUGGCAACAGUAACAUCGUGGUGCAGAAGACUGACCCAGAGUAGUUCAAGACAGGUGCCCACACAUCCAUCAUCUACUCUCGAAGAAAAUUGGUCUGUUGCUUCUGAACUUGAAAAGAUACAGAAAUUUAAUUUGCUACUGGAAAAUAGUGGUGUCCUCAAUCAGACUUCUAACAAGACAAAUGAACAGUGUUCUUCAGAAACCCUGCUUGAAGAAGUUGAUGAAAAGAGAGUAUCAGUAGCAUUGAAAAAAACUUCAGAAAUUCUUCAAGAUAUUGACUUUCUUCUAUCAAACUCUAAAAAGUAA